CUCUCGCCUGAAAACACAACCGAAGCAGACAAACACAACAGAGCGCCGCCGCUCACUUAUACUCUGACUCUACAGACGGGGGAAAAAACAAAAAACAAAAAAUCAGCAAAAGAUGAGUUCAUAUUUCGUCAACUCACUCUUUUCCAAAUAUAAAAGCGGCGACUCGUUACGUCCAAAUUAUUAUGAAUGUGGCUUCGCGCAGGACCUCGCCGGUAGCCGGCCCACUGUAGUGUACGGUCCGGGCUCCGGUGCCACCUUCCAGCACGCUCCUCAGAUCCAGGACUUCUAUCACCAUAGCGCCUCAACACUGCCCAGCAAUCCGUACCAGCAGAGUCCUUGUGCGGUGACGUGCCACGGCGAGUCCGGCAACUUCUAUGGAUAUGACGCGCUACAACGGCAGACGCUCUUUGGCACGCAGGACGCAGAUUUGGUUCAAUACAGCGACUGUAAGCUGGGAGGCGCACCCGGACUCGGCAGCGAGGACGCGGAGGGAACAGACCAGAGUCCUUCACCGACGCAGCUCUUUCCCUGGAUGAGGCCGCAAGUAGCUGCCGGAAGGAGGCGAGGCCGGCAGACGUACAGCCGUUACCAAACUCUGGAGCUGGAGAAGGAGUUCCUGUUCAACCCGUACUUGACCCGAAAGCGCCGCAUCGAGGUGUCGCACGCAUUGGCGUUGACGGAGCGACAGGUGAAGAUCUGGUUUCAAAAUCGAAGGAUGAAGUGGAAAAAGGAGAACAAUAAGGACAAGUUCCCCAGCAGCAAGAGCGAACAGGAGGCAGUGGAGAGGGAGCGGAGGGAGAAAGAGCUCCGGGAUGGCGGGGCAGUUGGUGCGGGAGGUGGAGGAGGUGGCGAGGGUGGAGGUGGAGGUGGUGGAGGCUCCGUGCCGGUAGCGGGAACAGCUGGAUCACAGGCGGCUUUGAGCGAUGAUUGCUGUGAGAAAAGUCAUAAGCAAAUGUAGGAGAAAAUAUAGUAGAUUAAUUUGGGGAGCUCCUUGUGUUAUUUGGUCUGAAUUGGGGAUUUGACUCUCCCAUAUAUUCACCUUUCAAUCGACGGGACCGAACUUUAGUUUGCAAAUCGGCGAAAGGCUAUCUGAUAUAGGACUGGAAGGGUCUCCGUACCCACUUCUGCUGACUGAAUGAAAAAAUAACGAGAAAAAAAAAAAGGAAAAAAAAAAACAUGUGGAAAAGUAAAUAAUGAAGGCGGGAUUAAUCAAUCCAACAUAGUCUACUUUAGUGAAGAAAAAAAAGAAUGAUACCACAAUGAUAGCUUCCUUUCUUUGGUGAACACUUGUCGUGGAAACAUUUCUAUAUUGUUCGAAGUUUGUCAUUAACAAUUUUAUCUUUGGCAGCUGUAUAGUUUUUAAGUUAAAAUGAUGAUGGUGCACUUUUUACUGUACUUCUCACUCCUAUGUUGUUGUUGUUAUUAUGGCAAUUGUUAUUAAUGAUGAAGUUGAUGGCGUAGCAAUUAAUGAAAUGUCCAACAACAUGAAACUGCCUAUUUAUGCCGUUUUAGUAGGUCGGGUCUCUUUUUUAAAACACUCUAAUCGUUGUUUAUGGUUUUAGUUCGUUUCUGAUUGAUGGUGUUUGUUUAUGCUGUCUUCCUUUUCUCUUUUGGGAUUAAAAGCAUGCGCACAGUGCGGUUAAUAAAGAGAAAAUACUUAUAAAUAAAAACGAUUUUAAAAUGUA